AUGCGUUCUGUAUUGUGCCGGUCGCUAUCGGCCCUGGCCCCAGCCCGGUCGUGGGCACCAUCCGCCAUGAUUCAGCCUAUGUCACAGCGGCUGCACUCCACAGGGUCAGGUUCUCAUGGCUCACACCACAUCCAAACCCGGAUACCGUCGUUGAAAGGCGAGCCCAAGCAGGGCCAUCGGUUCCGCGAGUUUGACCUCGACGAUCGUGUCUUCGCCAUCACUGGUGGUGGACGAGGACUCGGAUUGGCGAUGGCUGAAGCUUUGAUGGAGGCUGGUGCGAAAGUCUACUGCCUGGAUCGACUCGAGUCCCCCCACCCCGACUUCCUCGCCGCUCAAGAGCAUGCCGAGAAGAACUAUGGUGGCAGCCUGGAGUACCACCGUAUUGAUGUCCGGGAUGAGUCUGAAGUGAACGACCUCUUUGCGGAAAUCGCAGGCAAGAACCGGCGACUGGAUGGCUUGAUUGCCGCCGCAGGAAUCAACCACCUGCAGAGCGCUCUGGAACACUCGCAGGUGGCUCUUAACGAAGUCAUGCAAAUCAACUUUAAUGGAGUCUUCAACUCGGCCACUGCUGCUGCGCGGCAGAUGUUCAACUACCAACAGAAGGGUUCCAUCCUUCUCAUUGCCAGCAUGAGCGGUCUGAUUGCCAACAAGGGAAUGACCUCUCCCGUCUACAACGCCUCCAAGGCGGCUGUGAUCCAGCUGUCCCGAUCCCUCGCUAUGGAAUGGGGCCGUCACGGUAUCCGCGUGAACAGCCUGUGCCCCGGCCAUAUCAUCACCCCAAUGGUGGAACAGGUGUUCCAGCAGAAUCCCGCAUCCCGAGCUGUCUGGGAAGCCGAGAACAUGCUCGGACGACUUGCCUACCCGGAGGAAUUCCGAGGUGCUGCUCUCUUCGCUCUGAGUGACGCGAGCAGCUUCAUGACCGGCAGCACCAUGCUCAUCGACGGUGGCCACACGGCAUGGUAA